GGACAGGUGUGAGAUAGGUUGAAUCGUGCACGUUCAAGGAGGAUUUUCAAAGCUGAAAAUAUGUGUUUUGGAAGGUGUGCUAGAUGUGUUGGUUUUAAGUUGCUCAUCCUUGCUCUCCUCUGCAUUGUGGCCAACACUUUACUUUAUUUUCCCAAUGGUGAAACAAGAUUUGCUUCAGAGCAUCACCUCAGCAAAUACGUGGAGUGCCUUCAUGGCAUUCUAGGUGGAGGCUUUCUGGUACUCAUUCCAGCUGCAGUGUUCAUUGGGCUUCACAAUGACAACUGCUGUGGGUGCUUUGGCCACGAGAGCUGUGGAAAGAGCUGUGCAAUGCUGUCCUCAGUUCUGGCAGCCUUUGUUGGGAUCCUUGGCUCUGGAUACUGUAUAACCGUUUCAGCACUGGGGUUGUCUCAAGGACCAUAUUGUUUUACCCACCCAGAGAGAAACUGGAUCUAUCCUUUCACUGACUCCUCUGGAGGGUACUUGUUUGAGUAUAACAAGUGGUCUGAAUGUCAGGAACCUCAAAACAUCGUGCAGUGGAAUGUCACCCUCUUUUCCAUCCUCCUUGUUUUGGGCGGAAUAGAAUUCAUUCUAUGCUUCAUACAGAUAAUCAACGGUAUUCUUGGAGGACUGUGUGGGUUGUGCUGCAGUCAUGAGGAGACGUACGUUUGCUAG